AUGCCAACAUCGAAUGUCGUGGCAAUCAAGCAGAUUGCUUUGGAAUCGAGUGAUGCCGAUAGUGAAGCUAACAUGCAAGACUUGCAAGAAAUCCAGAGAGAGAUUGCCAGUCUCGCUCAGUGUCAGGACAGUCAGCGUGUGACACGUUAUUUUGGCAGCUUUGUGAAGAAAUAUACACUAUGGGUCAUAAUGGAAUUGAUGGAUGGUGGUUCCUGUCUAUCACUCUUGAAGCGCGGUGGUGCCCUACCUGAUGAAGUAUCGGCUGUCAUUGCACGAGAACUUGUCCUGGGUUUAGAUUAUCUACAUGCACAAGGCAUUAUUCAUCGAGACAUCAAGGCAGCCAACGUGUUGUUAACUCGGACUGGCCAAGUCAAACUAGCCGACUUUGGUGUAGCAACUCAGCUUAUUCACCGCGGAUCACACCGCAACACACUUGUUGGUUCGCCGUAUUGGAUGGCACCGGAAGUGAUUCGGCAGUCGAUGUACGAUGCACAGGCCGACGUUUGGUCAUUAGGCAUAACGAUUAUGGAGCUUGCUACAGGGCGACCGCCCUUGUCCGAGUACCAUCCUAUGCGAGCCAUGUUUCUCAUACCUAAAGCGACGCCGCCCCGUCUGGACGUAAAGAAGCAUGAUCCCGGCAUGGUCCGCUUUCUGGACCGCUGCCUCGUAAUGAGAUCCAAAGAAAGGGCCAAGGCGCACCAGCUCCGCACAGAUGCAUGGAUUGAAUCGGCUGGGCCAUUGGAUUUAGUGCGACGCACCAUUGAGGCACGUGGUGUCUCAAAGCCUCCGGAUACGAGCCUGUCGCUUCACGAUUCGACUUUGCUCGACACUAGUGUCAUAAGCGAAUGGGCGUUCGACACAUCGGGUCCGUCGGUACAUCAAGAUGUGUCAAAAGUGCUUGGCUUGAAUGUGGGAGUCCCUGCUACGCAGACGGCGGCUUUGGACAAGCCCAUUCUUGCCAAUCCAACCACCCCCGAAGAGUCAACACCACCGCCCCUGCAGCCGCCCUGGCCUGUCACACCUAGCAUGUCCCCUGCACGGCAGCCAUCGACGCCGUCACAUCGCCAUCAUCAUGAUUCCCACGCAUUUGUCACACCCCGCUCUCAAAUUAUGGAUUCACCAACGAAAAGUGCAGCGCAGCGCACGCCACGUUUGCCUGUGCCAGAUACCCCCGCGAGAAUCCAGCUGGCGCUGGAACAGCUUGCAUUUCUCGCAGGUCAAGAUGCAAGUGAGCUUGCGCCAGUGGCACUCGUGCACCAGCUACACAGUUUGCUUAGCCAGCUUGGGCGUCAUACGCCAGAGUAUCUCGACAUGCUGGUGGACAUGUUGACGGAUCCGACCGCCAGGGAAGGCGACGCGCCGCGCAUUCCUGCAGCACGUUCACGGCUUGCUUCUCUCUUGUUCGAGCGGUGGCAUGAAGCACUUCAGGCGCGCUGGAAUGUGCUAGACACCAAUCCCUCUUGA